AUGGAAGCACCACAAGCUUCCAGAAGCCUAAAAGCCACCGUCCCCAGCCUGGUGACACUCCCCUCGGAACUCCAUAUCCAACUGAGUUCCUACCUUUGCUAUCCAGAUGCUUUAGCGUUGAAACACAGCAGCCGCCAAUUCUACUACUUGGUGUAUACUGGUGUACGCCUGAAAGUCGACUGGCUGGUCGAAAGAUUCGAGCGCAGGCUCGAAUGCCCUAUGGAGAAGUGCUCAUUCAUCACCGACGAAUCUUUUUGCAAUGGGCGUGUCCGCCGGAUCAUGGAGCGCCGUCGGUGGCAUCAUGAGUGCCGUCGAGUGAAGGGUGGGUGUAUGGUCGUCUAUGGAACGACCUGUCGCACAGGCUUUAUGCCUGUCUGGGUUGGAAUCAAAGCACAGGCAAGGAGGAAAGCGGCUAGGAUCGUGGGAAGCUGGGGGCAGGAAGCACUCUUGAUGAGUCUGAUUACUGUUUUCCUGCAGAUUCUGUGGUAUCUUUUCCAGAGAGUUCGAUCCCUCGACAAUGAGGGAAUUCCACGGCUGCUCAUUGAGUAG